AUGAAAAAAAAUAGUAAGAAAUUCUCUAGAUCAAGAAAAGGUGGAGAUGGGAACGUUCCUAAUUUUGUUUUUAAACUGGAUGGGGCUACUUCGCCUUCUGUAGGCGGCUUCGGAAGUGCUCCUGGCAGCCCUUCUACUGGUUUUGGCGCUCAAAGGGGUAGUUUUGGUAGUGUGCCUAAUAGCCCGGCAUCUACCUCAUUUAACCUAGGCGCUAAUGCACCUGGUUCGCCUGCUUCUGUAACCGGGCAAACAAGUUUUACUUUUGGUAACACUGCCGCGCCAGGAUCUCCAGUAGCUAAUACUGGGUUCACUUUUCCAGCUCCCACAAACACCACCCUCAGCGGCUCUUCUUCAUUUGGCGGCCUUCAGCGUGGCCAUUCGGACCUGCAUACCAUGGUUAGUAAACCCGAUGCUCAUCAGGAGACACUUCGUCGCACUACCUCAGAAAAUGCUUUUGGCUCUCAAAUCAACUCACCUGUUGCUUCACCACCAGCGUUCCAACAGCAAAACUCUAAUCUUAGUACAGGAAGUUUCUCCAUUGGUACAACAAGCGCCAAUGUUUCUACAUCAUCUCCGGGAUCUACUUCAGUUCAGCCCGGCACUCCACAGCAAGCUAACACAGCUCCGUCUUCAUUUACUUUUGGCGGGAAUGAUACUGGUAAUACUGCAACGACUUCUUCCACAGUUUCUGGAACAACAGCAGCACCUGCUUUCACUUUUGGUACGACACCUACCACAGCAACCAAUACCACUAACUUCACAGCAUUUUCAAAACCCUCCACUGAUACCAGCACAUCCAAUAAUGCUGCUCCUGCCACAGCUUUCACAUUUGGUACUUCUAAGAAUACAGGGCCAUCUUCCUCUGUCACUGACAGUUCAAAACCUGCUCAAGCUUUCAGUUUUGGAUCACCAUCUAACACCGUAAAACCCACUUUUGGUUUUGGGGCAGCAACUACAUCUUCUCCUGCUACUGCAGCUACCAGUACGUCAACAUCUACAGCCACCUCAGCAUUCAGCGUUGGAGCUCCUGCUAUUACAACAACGCCUACGACGUCUGUAACUUCGGCCGUAUCGAAACCACCGUUUACCUUUGCUACCCCAGCUACGAAGCCUACUACUACAUCUGGCACUACUAGCAGUACUAGUGCCCCUUUAACUACAACUUCAUCACCUUUUACGUUUGGAAAACCCACUACCACAAGCGCUGCAACAACAUCAGGUGGAACUUCAUCUACAACACCUGCAUUCUCAUUUAGCAGCCCAUCUACUACAGCAGCAAAUGCAACCUCUCCCGCGUUUUCCUCAUUCACUUUCGGUAAUUUGGGUGCAAAGUCAUCUGCUACUGAUAGUACUACUACUACUACCUCUUCUACAGCUGCAGCAACUUCUACAGCACCUGUUUUUACUUUUGGUACUCAAGCCUCAACAGCAGCCUCAAAAACUACGAGUCAACCUGCCAUAACCGAUUUGUCUACUAAUAAAGCAGCAACGGGUAGUGUUCCUAAAUUUACCUUCGGUACAUCAGCUGCAACUACUCCAGCAGCUAGCACUGUUGAGAGCAAUGAGGGACCUAGUUCAGGCCCAAGUACUACGGGGUUCAUUUUCGGGAAGCCUGCAGCUGCUAAUGAAGGCGAGAAGUCCAAAGAAUCAUCUUCUAAGUCUAGUCAGGGGCCUGUAUUUACAUUUAGUUCAGCAACAACACCGACUGACAAAGAGAAGGAGAAAGAUAAAACUACCACUACUAAUACAACAUCUCCCUUUUCUUUCAAUAGCAGCGUUAGUACUGCUACAACAAUAUCCAGCUCCUCUGCCACGUUUUCGUUUGGAGCCCCAGCAGCAACCGACGGUAAAGAAGGAGAAAAGAGUAAAGAUAAAGAAAAAAAGGAUAGCACUGUUACUAGCAAGCCUUUCACUUUCCAAACAAGCACCACUCCAGCUGCUGCAACGACUGCCUCGGCCGUUAGUACGGAACCACCAAAACCCAACCCUUUCUCUUUUGCCAAGUUGUUGGAAGAAAUGCAAAAAACCGCCACACAACCACCUAAUCAGUUCCAUGCUACUUUGAUUACCCCAGCCAUAGCUGCUUUACAACAACAGCAAACUGUGCAUCAUACUAGUUUUAGAAUUGAUAAUAUCAUGUCUACCACCCGUCUUUCCGAACUUCCUGAACAAGCACGUAAAGAGUUGGAAGAUGUAGAAAGAUAUAUCCGUAGUGAAGUUCAACGUAGUCAAUAUUUGAAGAACAACAAGAUGCCUCACUAUGCUGAUGUUAUGACAGAAACGAAAAACAACACAGAAAUGCUUACACAACAAUUCGAUGCGCUUUCAAGCUCCAUUCAAACUGAAAAGGAGUCCAUUGAUAGAUUGUAUGAUGCUGUAAAAGAGCAGUUGCGAUAUGCUAACGAAGCUAGUGCUGUUAUUGAAACAUGUAAACAUCCUGGCAACAAUCGCUGGUUGUAUUCUUCCAAUGAUGAUGAUUAUUUUGUACAGUUGGCUAAACAGCUAAGUCAGCAAAUGGAAGAGUAUAAAAAGUGCAUAUGGGAAAUUGAAAGAACAGCUGAAUCUUGGGCACAAAAUAAACCGCAAUCACCUCAAGAUAUUGCCGAUAUUAUGCGUGCACAAAACCAAGCUUUCUUAUCAUUGGCCAAUAAGGUUGCCUCUUUGAAUGAAACUGUAAAAAUGGAAAAGAGUUAUUUUGAACAUUUCAUGAAAAUGUAUCAACCAACAUCUUACAUGGUCUAAAAUCGUCAUAAAUUGAGUUUCUGUUAAUUUUGAAAUGGAUAAUCUUACAUACAUAAUAUUCGUAAUCAAUUGAUGAAGAAGAAUAAAACGAUGUCACUCAAAAUCUGCCACUUAUAAAUUAC